CAUUAUCUCCAUAACCAUCUUUCCACUGAGCACGGACAAUCAGUUCACUGUCGCCCCACCAAGAUCAUACUCCCAUUCACAGUCUUUUCUCUGUCUAUAGCCAUCACAGAGAUUGGUAAGCAAUGAUGGCCUUGACACACUUCAGCAAAUGGUUCUGGUCGGAGGAUGUAUGGCUGCCCCCGGGCUAUACCUGGGAGUCCCUUACCCAGGAUGAGCAGUUCACCUACCCUAACUUCUACGAUGUAUGGACCUACCCGUUUGUCAUAGCCGCGUUGUUCAUCGCGCUGCGUUACCUUGUGCUCACCCCUUUUGUUUUCUCACCUAUCGGCUUGGCCCUGGGUGUGAAAGAUAUACGCUCGCGUCCACCACCACCUAGUGUCACUAUGGAGGCCAUCUUCCACCAGUAUCGUAGCCGAGCGCCAGAAGAAACUGUUCGUAAAGCUGCAGAUACUUUAGGUUGGACGGAACGGCAGGUGGAAAGGUGGCUGAGGCAGCGAGCAUCAUCAGCGCGCACCACAGAUUUAGGCAAGUUCUCUAAUAUGGCGUGGGAGACGACCUACUACACCCUUUAUUGUGUCUUCGGUUUGGUGGUCCUUUGGGACAAACCUUGGCUGUGGGACAUCCGUCACUGUUGGUAUAACUUCCCCAAACACGAUGUUGACGCGGACAUUUGGUGGUACUACAUGAUAGCUGUCGGGUACUACUGGUGCAUGACCAUCACUCACACCAUUCAACACCAACGCAAGGAUUCGCUUCAACUUUUUGCGCAUCAUGUACUCACCAUCUUGCUCAUUUCAUGUUCAUGGGUGUGUAACUUUGCCCGACUAGGAUCAUUGGUGCUGGUGCUGCAUGAGUGUGCCGACAUCCCCAUGCUUCUGGCCAAGAUGUUUAAGUUGUGUGGUCGAAAGGAUAUUAUGGACAAGUUGUUCGUGGUGUUCUUGUUGGUGUGGCUCACAACGAGGACUGGCCUCUUCCCGAUCUGGAUCUUGAGGAGCACACUGUUCCAGGCCCACGUGGUCAUCGGCGCCUGGUACCCUGUGUACUACAUCUUCAACGGCAUGCUGUUAUUACUCUUGUUGAUACACAUAGGCUGGACUUACCUCAUCCUCAGAAUCGUCGUCCGUAAGGUACGAUAUAAUGAGAUGGAGGACGUUCGUUCCUCAACUGACUAUUCGUUAGAAGACGACGAGGAAGAUGAAGAAUCGCAGAAAAAGGAUUUAUAAGUUUAUCUUCAAUAAUUAUUUUCACAAUUACAUUCUCAGCUCUCGCUAGAACCAAAGAAAUGUGCAAUGUUUACAUCCCGUUAUCUCGUAAGUGCCUCUAUUGUUUCCUGUAGUCCCCGAGAGAUAAAACACUACCCUUCUGUCUUCACUACAGUCUUGGAGAAAUCAUUAUUAUCUUUAUAUUAUUUAUAGUACGAUCUGGUGUGGAAUAAGAGGCUGUGAAUUAAUUAACGAUAAUAAAAACAACCUACUGAUCCUGGGGGUCUGAGUGAAGACCUUUGGGCAGCCGUGUUGUCUGGGGUAGUGUCCAGGAAAACGAGGUCUUGCAGCUGAAUGUCGUGUACACAGCGACAUUGUGUUGUAUGUCAUUGCCAAAAUUUUAUAUGUAAAUUUUUAAAUGAUCACCUGAAGAUUACACACCCCAGCUUGUUUCACCUGAAGAUUAACCACCCUAACCUAAUCUAACGUACCCACUUAACCUAACGUCACCUGGCAGUAACCGUGACUCUAGCAACUCGUUACCGUGACGUGUGAUGGUUGUGUAAUAAUACCUCAGGUUUGAAAGUUGUUUAUUAUCACAGAUUAACAUAUUAAUAUUUUUUGGAUACACUGUUAUGUGAGGUUGUGUAGUGUGGAGUGAAGUGAUUAUUCCAUAUAUUUCACAUAUACUGUAUACAAUCAGCAUCCGUACAGCACAGUCACUCGAAAAACUAUCUAUACAAAAUUGUGUUGAAAAAACAUAUUACACAACGGAUGAAGGAUUUUGACAACCCUACCGAGACAAUAGGAGUCAGUGUUCAUUCUGAAAUUCAUCGAUCACCUCAAGUAGAGAGGGUCUUUUGGGUGACUGUACAGUACAUGUUGCAUACAUAACCUAACCUGUGCAUUAACCUCAUGUGAGUUACAUGGACGCUGACUGUAUAUCAUUUAAAGAACGUUGUUAGACUUAGAGCAUUGUGUCUUGUUGCUUCUCAUUAAUACAGGGUGAUCUACAAGUCCCUGUGUAUCUGCAGUUUAGGUUAUAACAAAUACAGUAUAGUUGUUCUUUGUUAUACCUACCUGGUUAUACCUACCUGGUUAUACCUACCUGGUUAUACCUACAUUGUUAUAUACCUCGUUCUGUUUACAGUGUAAAUACUGUACUGGGAAUAAUAUGUACUGUAUAUAAAAUAAACGUGCAGAUUAUGUGACCAUUUCCAAUAUUUCCCGUACAGGUAGACCAAGGUUAAUAAUUAUCUUGUUAAUUAGUGUAGAUGUACAGGUGAUGAAUUCUUCCACCACCUUGUAUCGUAUGUCGUGAAUUAUUCCCAAGAAACAUAACUGAUUAAUGUAACCUCUAGGAGCGCUUUGUCGUCACCAUACUUCCUCAACGUGUCGGCUGCCUGGAUCACAGUCAGUCAGUCAGUCAGUUUUGUUUCCCAUGACCAGACUCUGUUACCCAAAUGUUUGUAUCAAUAAAGAAAGUUGUUCAGCAUG